UGAAGAAGAAUGGCACACACAAAUGGCUCUUUAGUGACUGAAUUUAUCCUAAUGGGGUUAACCGACCAACCAGACCUCCAGCUGCCCCUUUUCUUCUUGUUUCUAGUCACAUACAUGAUCACUUCUUUUGGAAAUCUGGGCUUGAUCAUUUUAAUUGUGCUGAAUUCACACCUGCACACUCCCAUGUACUUUUUCCUCUUCAAUUUGUCUUUCAUAGACUUCUGUUAUUCCUCUGUAAUUACACCCAAAAUGAUGAUGAGCUUCGUAUUGAAGAAGAAUAGUAUAUCUUACAUAGGAUGUAUGACACAGUUCUACUUCUUUGGUUUUUUUGUCAUUUCUGAAUGUUAUGUGCUGACAUCCAUGGCCUAUGAUCGAUACGUGGCCAUCUGCAAGCCACUUUUAUACAACACAAUCAUGUCCCCUAAAGUCUGUUUCAACCUUAUGUUUGGUUCAUACUUGACUGCCUUUUCUCACGCCAUGAUCCACACUGGAUGCAUUCUCAGGCUGAACUUCUGUGAUGCAAACACCAUCAACCACUACUUCUGCGAUGUUCUCCCUUUGCUUGAGCUCUCCUGCACCAGCACUUACAUCAAUGAGGUAGAGAUCUUCAUUGUAGCAGGCAUUGACAUCAUUGUUCCCAGCCUCAUGGUCUUCAUCUCUUAUGGUUUCAUUCUCUCCAGCAUCUUACACAUCAGCUCCACUGAGGGCAGGUCCAAAGCCUUCAGCACCUGCAGUUCCCACAUAGUUGCUGUUUCUCUGUUCUUUGGAUCUUGUGCAUUCAUGUAUCUCAAGCCAUCCUCUUCUGGGUCAACGGGUGAGGGAAAAGUCUCUUCUGUUUUUUAUACCAUUGUGGUUCCUAUGAUGAAUCCACUAAUCUACAGUUUGAGGAACAAAGAUGUUAAAGUUGCCUUGAUAAAAACCCUGCAUAAGUUCCAGUUUUAA